ACUCUCCUCUUGACAGUUCAGACCAACCGGUCUCACGAACGCUCGCACGCGCUUUGCGAUGUGGCCCAGAACAAAGUUGAGUCGCUCACCGGGACGACGUCGAUUCUAGUGGCACCUCCGUGGGAGACUAUGGAAAAGCAGCCUAGACUGUUCUCGUCGGAGUUUUUUCACAAGAACAGACAAGUAGAACUUGUGCUGAGUCGCGGCGUUUUAGCGUGGAGGGAACUCGACAAGGGCGGAAAACGAGGCUCUGACAUCAAGAGCGCACCUGAAACAGCUCACGGUCAUUCUGUUCAGGUGUGUGAAAUUGUGGCCGUCCACAAGACGGAAGGUGAUGGAAAGGAUCAGGGAAGUAACAGGAGUCGGAAGAAAGCAAAUAAGCACGUCCUGCUGCUUCCCUAUGCAUUUACAGCUUUUUUUGUGAGGAGGACUCAGCAGCACCAGUGGCGCUGUAGUGAGAUCACCUUCCACUGUGCCAGUCACAGCCUCCGUGAGCAGUGGAUCCAAGCGCUCAGCGAGCAGCUGUCGUCACUCACCAACCGACCGAAGAGCCUUCUGGUCUACAUCAAUCCCUACGGGGGGAAGCGGCGCGGCAAGCGUAUUUACGAGCAGAAGGUGGCUCCACUGUUUCGCCACGCUGGCAUCUCAGCUGACGUGAUUGUGACCGAGUAUGCCAAUCAUGCCAGGGACCACUUGAAGACAGAGGCUAAUUUAGAUAAAUAUGACGGGGUGGUGUGCGUGGGUGGAGACGGCAUGUUCAGCGAGGUCUUGCACGGCUUGGUCGCCAGGACCCAAAGUGACCACGGCGUGGACCAGAAUCAACCAGACGCUCAGCUGGUGCCGUGUUCUUUACACAUAGGGAUCAUUCCCGCAGGAUCCACUGACUGCAUCUGCUUUGCCACAAUUGGAACCAAUGACCCUGUUACUUCUGCUCUACACAUUAUUGUUGGUGACUCCCAGCCAAUGGACGUGUGCUCCGUUCAUCACAGCGACAUCUUCCUCAGAUACUCCGUCUCGUUGCUUGGCUACGGUUUCUAUGGGGAUGUACUGACAGACAGCGAAAGGAAGCGAUGGCUGGGUCCUGCCAGAUAUGACCUGUCAGGGGUAAAGACAUUUCUGAGCCACAACUACUAUGAAGGUUCUGUCUCCUUCCUACCCGCCGAGGACACCAUAGGGAACCCCAGGGACAAGCUGCGGUGUCGAUCUGGGUGCCAUGUGUGUCAGCACAAGCCCUCAUCAAAGGACAGCGAGUGGGACAUGUCAGAGGAGAAGGAGAAGUUCAAUGAAGGCGGCAGCGGUGGUUGGAGCGUGAUCCGUGGGAAGUUCAUCGCCAUUAAUGCAGCAUGCAUGAGCUGCGCAUGCCCACGCAGUCCCAAAGGCCUGUCGCCCUCCGCUCACCUCGCCGACGGCACCGCCGACCUCAUCCUCGUUAGGAAGUGUUCCCGCCUGGGCUUCUUCAGACACCUGCUUCGCCACACCAACAAAGGAGACCAGUUCGACCACGCAUUCGUGGAGGUCCACCGGGUGAGGGGCUUCCGCUUCCAGCCGCGGCACCAGGAGCCCGUCUCCCUGGAAGACCUGAGCGAGGCGCCCAAGAAGACGCGGUUCGGGACCAUGUGCUCGGCCCAGACCACCUGCGGCUACGGCGCCGCCCACAGCAGCUGGAACUGCGACGGGGAGAUCCUGCCUCACGCCGCCAUCCAAGUCAGCGUCCAGAGCCGGCUGAUCCGGCUGUUUGCUCGUGGCAUCGAGGAGCCGCAGCGCUUCACGUUUGAAGACCCCAGCAGCCCGUGGGCCCUUGAGCCAGGCACGCAGCAGCCAGCGGCCUGAGAGCGGGACAGGACAAGAGCUGCCGCAAGGCAAAACAAGCAGGAUGCAUUUGGCGAGGCUUUUAAUCACAACAGUCUCAGGUGACGGUAUCUGGAGUGUGUGGCACAGAUGUUUGCUAUGCACAAGGAGUGGUGGAGCCAACCUGCCGCCACCAGCCAUAAAGAAGAAAUGGAUGGAGACUUGUGGGGAUGCUACAUCUGGUGACUGAACACUUAUCUCUUCAGACACCGAGGCCGUUAAGGUGCAAAACUGUCUCAGCUCUACGAAGUGAGCUGAGCUCCUACAGCUGCUGGUCCUAUACACUGAUUUCUUGGGUGUGUGUGUUUGUGUGUGUUUUUGGGAAAUGAAGUUAGGGCUCGGAGGAUUUUAAGCCGCCCAGGUAUUCACGCAGCCAGAUGAAACGGGGCUGAACUGCACCGAGCCGGACUCGGCUGCAGCAUCCAGCAGCAGGUCUGCUCGCUGCCACGAAGGAGAACUCAAAUAGGAUUCCUCCCUGAACGGCGAAGGGGAGACAGCCGAGGAAGAUAAAGCUUCAUAGCGAGGAUGAAGAGGAGCCAGACUCAAAGAAAUGUCAGCUCUGCUCCCAAAAUAAAGCCUCCCAUGCAAUCUGAUCUUCCUUUUUGGGCAAAAAAAAUCAUAUUAUCUGUGACCCAGGUGAAAGCAGAUACCAGCCAGGGGCACUAAUGAAAAGAGUGGAAUACCCUGCUAAUACACUAACAGGACCCUGGUGGCUUGUGCGUAAUAAGGCAAAGUGGUUGCUAAGUGAUUUGCUGUGUCUCAGCACUGCUGCGCUGCACCUGUGGCUCUGAGCUCGGCUCCUCUCCAGCCAGAAGACUACAGACAGUUCAGCCCUCACCUGGGAUUAGCCGGGAAUUAUGCAUUGUUAUUAUAAGAGAUAAUAUGUUGCCUGCUUCCCAAAUUAGCCCCGUUUAGCUUCUUGGAGUGGGUCAGGCUGGUCCUGAUGCUGCCGGAGAAAGGUCAGCGGAGGCGCGAGGCGGCAGCUUUGAUUUCUGCUGCCGCUGCGUUACGCUGCGUACACUACAUAAUACGGCAUUAGGGUGAGCUUUCACAGUCUCUGCAGAGGCGUGCAGCGUCCAGGUGUGUGCGUGUCUGUGUUUGUGCGCCAAUCUGAUGAGUUUGCUACAUCACAAUUGGUCUCAGGACCACUAUUGUGCAGAUGCUCUCCAACUGCAGCCAGCACUAUGUCAAACACUUAUGGAGGAGCACGCACACACACACACACACACUGCCUGUCUGUUGUGUGUAUCACUGUCACACACUCCCUCCCUGACUUGUAACUCCAUCAAAGCCACCUCCUCUCUUUGAAUCCUCAUCCGCUUCCUUAAUGCCGACUCCGGAUUCCGAUAGCGUUUCACCUUCACCGCUCAUUUCCGUCACCUCACGAUGUGUGAUGUUCUGCAAUUGACAGUGUGAAGUCAGCUUUCGAGUCCGCACACACUCGGAUGUGGAAUCGGUGGAUGUGAGGAUCAUUUUAGCAGUUUAGUAAUAGUUGGCUCAUAUCAUAAAUGCUGCAAAAGGCUAGAAAACACUGCUUCAGGGAAAGUCGACCAAAUGUGGAUAACUUGGCAUCACAUACAUUGUUUAUUUCCUUCCUCCUAUUUUGUGUCAUUUGUGUUGGAGUAAACCCGUCAAACUGUGAUAUGAGUAGAUAUACGAUCUAUUUGAUGAACAUUCUUAAUAAAGUUCUGGUUUCACUGC